AAUAUCCCAAAAUUUUUAGAGCAUUAAAGUGAGUAAGGGACCUAAUUGUGAAGAAAGUACUAUUAAUGAACUUAAUGGUAAAAAUUUUCAAAGUUCAAGGACUAAAAAGAAAGGAAAUUAGGAUAAGGAUCAAGGCUGAUAUUUUUAUCCUCAGCCACGUGUUUUGCUCUUCUUCAUCUUCAUUUUCUUCUCCUCUGCCUCCCCGACCAGCCCCCCCUAAGCCACCGACUUCUUCCUCCUUUGAAAACUGGUAGAAGACUUGAAAUUUCUUCUUUCCUUCUUGUUCAAGAACUGAUUUUGGGGCUUAGAACUCUCAUUAAACCCAGAAUUUUCCCCAGAUCUGCUCGGUCUCUUCCUCCCCUGUCCAUCGGGUUCUGCUGGGUGUGGAUCCUUCGGCUUUUCUGGUCAGCCACAGCCAUGAAUUCAUCUCUUUAGCUUUGAAUUUGGCUUGGGUUUACCUUGAAUUGUGUUUUGGUUUUUGGAUUGGGUAGCCGCGAGUUUCCUUGCAGAAUUUCUUCUUCUCUGCCGCCGGCUUCUCCCCCCCUGCUAAGCUCGGUUUUGCUUGCUAAAUUCUGGUUUUGAUCGUUCUGUCACUGUAGCACUUGGGUUAGCCUUCUGUUCUGUGCGAGUAAGGAAGCGAUAUUGAGGACGGGGAAACUAAGGGAAGUGACGAGUUAGAAGGCUAGCCAUUUCGAGAUUGACAUAGAUUUAGAAAUAAGUCAUGAUCCUGUAAGCUAGAGUGUAUUUGGAGAUUUUAUGAUAUCAGAGUAGAUUGUAAAAAUUUUAUCUUGAGAUUUGGUGGUAUCAGAUUGUGGAUUGGAUAAGUUCCGAGCCUUGUGUAUUUGUGGGAUCCUCUCACGAGUGCACGGCGUCUCUGGAUUUGGGUUCUGGGGCGUGACAAAAUAUAUAAAAAAUUUAUCC